CAGUGCGCAGAUGCGGAUGUGACGGAGUUAGUUCGGGGAGCUGUGUUCGCUUGUGUUUCGUUUCUAGUGUUAACCCGGCCAACCUGUGGGAUAGGCAUGUGGAAUAGCCUUUAACGUCCACGAAAGUGGCAAUUUGGCAAGAUAAUUCUGGAAAAAAUAUUGGUAAAUUGGUUUAAUACCACCUCGGGUUUCUGUUUCAGGCGGCUGAAUUCCCCCCUGCGUGGAGCUGAGUCGGUAAUCAUCGGAGCAGCGGCAGAAGCAGCGCAUCAUAUUCUACACGAUACUCCGAUGUUUGUAGCAUUGCUGUCCUGUGAGAGCAUUGCUGUCCUGUGAGAGCCACUGAUCUGUAGAAAGGCAUCCAUCAUGAGCUCAGAAGAUCUCUCUGAGAAAGUGAAAAGGCAACGAGACCGAGAAAUGUCGCACCAUUCAUCCUCCCGUAGUUCGUCUCGGGCCACCGACUGUAAAGUGUACGUCGGAGACUUGGGCAACGGUGCCGCCAAAGGGGAGCUGGAGCGAGCGUUCAGUUAUUAUGGCCCACUGAGGACCGUCUGGGUGGCCAGGAACCCACCCGGGUUCGCGUUUGUGGAGUUUGAGGAUCCCAGAGAUGCAGAAGAUGCAGUGAAAGGCAUGGAUGGAAAGCUCCUCUGUGGUUCACGUGUUCGAGUGGAGUUGUCUACCGGCCUCUCCAGGAAGGGCCGCGGGCGCCCCAGCCGACGCCAGUUCGACCCCAGCGAUCGGUGUUACCAGUGCGGGGACCGGGGCCACUAUGCCUACGACUGCUACCGCUUUAGCAAGCGAGGAGGCCGUCGCAGCAGGUCUCGCUCCCAUUCCCGAUCUCGCUCCAGGUCCCGCGGACGCCGUUAUCACUCUCGUUCCCGCUCCCACAGCCGCAGCCGCAGCCGGAGCCGUCGUCGAUCUCCAUCCUAUUCCAGACGCAGGAGCAGGUCCGGCUCCCCGGCCCGCUCCAAGUCCAGGACUCCAGUGAGAAGUCGUUCCAGGUCUCGGUCUCGGUCCGCAUCUGCGCCCAGAAGGCGCUCUGCCUCCCGUUCCCGAUCACGAUCCCCGGUGGCCAAUCACAAGAGGAGCAGCGUGUGGUGGGAGCUGAGCACUGCACUGACACCACAGCUGACACCAGGCCCAGGGUCUGCCAGCUGGCGGUGUGUACGUCCUGCGGGAGGGUGACUAAGCGCUGACCUGAGAUCAGCCUUCGCCUGCAUCCGGUGUUAGACAGCGAGAAAGAGGUCGACCUACCGACCGAACCCUCCCACACAGUGAAUGGGCGACCCCGUCUGUUCAACCGACGCACACGCUCAGACGAGAUCCGUCCUCGCACACACACAGUAGAUCUGCUAGAGUCACCCACCCAGCCAGCCUUCAGACGUACCAGAGGGCCGACCCACACAGAUCAGAGCUCGACCACUACCGUUUAAAAUCCAUUACCUACCUACCAGAACCCCCUACCUACCAGAGUUCUUCGGCCUCUGUCUUAGCUUCUGAAAGUGAGAGAAAGAGAGCUGGCGAGAGAGAUCAGUCUUCAAGAGCCUUCGCAGCGCAGUGUCUCUCCGAGUUGUAGUCAUCCGUCCUACAGUCCUUUCAUCCUUCGCUUCUCUGUACUUGUUGUUUCUGCUACUGUCUCCAAAGGUAACCAAAAAUCAAACCCCCUGACAAGCUCAUGUUCAUAGUGAGAGAAUGCACAGGGUUGAUGUAGUUCUGGGAUUAUAACUGGUGAUUACCGAGCUAAAGUUGAGCCUUUUUAACAAGCAUGCUCAGAGUGUGUGUGUGUGUGUGUGUCUGCAUGUGAGAGUGAAUGAGUGAGUUAUCUCUUUGUCAGAUAUGUUUUUAUUCUUCUUGUGCCAUACAUGAUGGCAGCAUCAUUACUGUUUUAGGCUUCUCUACCAGUACAGUGGAAACCGCUUAUUUUGAUCAGAAGGCUCGGGACCCAAUCAUUCCUGUGCAGUAGCUGCUUAGAUCAUUUACUUAUAGUAACCAAGAAGUCCGCUGUCAUUUGACAUACUGUGUAUUGGGACGUACUAAAUCUUUUUCUGGCAUACGAAGUAGUAUGUUAGUAUGGCUAUUGGAACGCACAGCUGGUGUUCCUCUGGCUACGUUGCGUAGUCUAAACGCACAAAUGGAAACGGUCGUGGCUGCUAGCGAUGGAGACGGAAAACGAAUGUGCACGUUAAAGCCUCACUGAACACUGUAUUGUGAAAGUCAGUCAAAUGAAUCCGUCCGUUUGUGUAAUACAUAUUCAGAUGUCAGUUAGAUGGUAUUCUGCAAGAGAAAUGAAGAAAAAAUAUAUAUAAUAAUAAUAAUAGUAAUCACCCACUCGGUGAUCCAAAUUGACCCGGAGGGACCUGAUCACUUUUAAGAGGUUUCCACUGUACUUAUUUCAGUUCUCAAACUUGGUACAAUAAUAAUGAUGGCUUUCAAAUAGGCAGUUAGUAUAGAACAGUUUCUAUUCAACUUUUUGUUUGUGUUUAUAGACAGAAGGGUUAAGUUGUAAAUCUCUCUUUAGAGCAGUAACUAUGCUAACAGUCUGUUGUAGUUGUUAGUUAUUGUAGUGUUUUGGGUUUUUUUGUUCUAGGGAGUUCAACUAUGUAUUUAGCUUUCUCACCUUAGACAUUUAUUUCUUCUUUGAAAUGCAAAGAUUAGUUGCCUAAAGAUGGCUUUAAAAAGAUCUGUGGUUCUUGACAUGAACCUUUUUUUUUUUUUUUAAAAAGAGAGGCCAAAAGAGGUUUUCAGCACCCAUCCAGUCAGGGCUCUUAGAAGGUGUACACUGUGUCAAGAUGUUGAGUAAUGUGGUGUUUGUGUGUCUGUGUGUGUGUGUUGAUCUUCAUUCCUCCCCUGCAGCGAGCUAACCUUGCUCCCUUUCUGUUUCAGUCGCUCCCGUUCAGCAAGUCAACACCGAAGCCCUGCGCCAGCAGACAACUGAGUGAAGAAGACUAGUUAGUUUAACAGACAGACCCUCAACCCCCCGCACCCUGUCUGCUUUUACAGCCCUACAGCAGCUUUUUUUUUUUUUUUUUUUUGUACCUGUCCGUCUAGUCCCAGUCUUUUUUAGUUUCCUUUCUUUCCCCAGGACUGUAGUCUUCGUGCAGCCUCAGAUUGUUGAAGAUUUAGUCAGUAUAGCAGACAACAAUCCGUUUCCAUUUGAUAGAUUGUUUCCGGUGUUUCUGCUGCUGCAUGUCUCAUUUUUCUACUUUUGAAGUUGCGUAGCAUGUGUAAGAAGAAACACCCGUGUUAGGGCAAUGCCCAAUGUUGCCGUUGACUUUGAGCAGCGAUUAGAGAGGCUUGUACAGCACAUUUUCAGUGGAAGAUGGGGGCAGUCGAUGCGCUUCUCGAGGGUGACGACGCUGCGUCGAAAAACUUUAAUCCCUAAAAUUUAUAAAUCUCAAAAUAUUUUUUUUCCCCAUUGAGAAUCAACAAUACGAUUCCAUUUUUUUUGUUUCGCGCUCCAAUUUGAUUGAGUUCAAAUGCUGUUAUAAGUCGCUACUCGGCAUAAGGAGGUAGUUGCUGGCCCGCAUGCCUUUAAAUAAAAUGUCACAUUCCUACUGUUUGUUGUUUCUGUGCUGCACUGCCCCUUUUAUGAGCCUGUUCACCGUGUGCUGAAUAGAUUUCCCCCAUGUGUUGGUCUCUGAUUUGUUCCAGUGUCUUUUUAAUUUUAAGAUAUUAUACAGUGCUGAAGUUUGAUUUCUGUACGGGCUGCUUUAACAGUUGUGUUGGCUGGCUGAUAUGGUAAGGCAGUGGCAGUUUUAUUUUAGAAUAAACCUCUUCAACAUA